AUCCUUCCGAUCCGUAAUUCGGCUUGGCGGAGUAAUUUACAGAGAACCAAAACGAGGCUGUGAUACAUGUAGGUUGUACAGACUGGAGAGAAGUGAUCGUUUUUUCGGGAGAGUGUUGUCUAUCUCCAUUCUUUUACAGAUUUCGGAGUAUUUACCACAACAAUAACAAUCAUUGACAGAGAGACAGAGGUGCCAUGGUUGGGAAGUUUAGCGCCAUAGUGUUGGCCGUCCUGUUGUUCUGCAGUUUUACAAUCGCAAAGGAGAGGAAUAAAGCUCACAAGCAUCAUCAUCAUGAUGACGAUACCAUCGACAUCGAUGACCCGGAUGGAUACCUGAUGGAUGCCGAGCACACAGAAGGUAGUGGUCCAGACGAUGACACAGAGAGAGAUGAUGAGGAUGGAUAUGGGUCUGGUGCAGCCGUAUUCCUCCCUGGGUCUGGCGAUGGUUCCGAGGUGCCUGUGACUAAUCGCCCCACGCCCAGGCGCACCACCCAGCUACCCUCAACCCAGAUGCCCCUCACCCCCUGCCAGCAGCUCAGAGUCUCCAGUUCACGCUUCAAAGACAGCUAUGUCCCACGUUGCACUAGAACAGGCGAGUUCGAAAAGACGCAAUGCCGAGGAAAUAUCGAGUGCUGGUGUGUCAACCCAGAGGGCAAAAUUAUACAGGGCACAGAAAAAGAAGGGGAUGUAAAUAUACACCGGCCAGACUGUGAAGGUGGAUCAAACUUGACGCCGUGCGUGUACCUGCGUGUGAAAAGUGAAUGGGAACACCUUCUGGGGGCCUUCUCCCCACGAUGCACAGACACUGGGGAGUUUGAGAAAGUUCAGUGUCGGGAUAAUGAGUGUUGGUGCGCUGACCUCCACGGCCGAGAAAUGUCAGGGACGCGCACCGUACACCCGAACAAACCCAACUGUGACCUUACUGAUGGACCAGCGAUCGUUCCAGAUUUCACUGUGACAAAGACAGUCAAGCCAAACUUUGGAACCCCUGAAACAAAAGCCACCGAGCCAGGUAAUGAAGUCGGUAGAAAAAUACCAGAUGAUGAUGACGAUUCAUAUGAGAAAAAAGAAGAAGAAACAAAUGAAGUUGGAAAAGAAGCAGAGAGUAAAGGAAAUCAGGCUAACAAGCCAGUUACCAUAAUGGGACAGCCUGGAAUACUGGCAGGUAUCAUUGGAGGGGCAGUGGUUGGACUUCUGUGUGCCAUUUUACUGGUAAUGUUUAUUGUUUACCGCAUGAGGAAGAAGGACGAGGGAAGCUAUGCACUAGAUGAACCCACAAAAGCACGCGGAGCAUACGCAUACCAAAAGGCACCUGACCGCGAGUAUUACGCAUAGGGUCGCAAACAGACAUUGAAGGCCUAAUGCAAUUGGCCUCGUGUCUGAAAUGUUCUUGUCGUGAAGGAAUGAAUGAAAGGAGGUGCAGAAACAAAAGACUGUGCACGAAUGCAAAUAUGAGGAUUUCUGCUGCAAACAGACUUUAUAUAAGAGAACUAUACUACACUUGUAUGAAAGUUCUCAAAACAACAUCAACCAUAUGUGAACUUGUCUUGUUUGCAGUACAGGUGUUUUAAGAGGUGGG